GGCACUGACUGGCAUCACUGCUGGGCACUGACUGGCGGCACUGACUGGCACAACCCCUGGGCACUGACUGGUGGCAUUGACUGGCAGCACUGCUGGGCUGCACUGGUGGGUGGGCACAGGUGUGUGGCACUGCUGGGCACAGGUGGGUGGCACUGCUGGGCACAGGUGGGUGGCACUUCUGGGCACAGGUGGGUGACACUGCAGAGUGGCACAGGUGGGUGCACUGCUGGGCACAGGUGGGGGCACUGCUGGGCACAGGUGGGCGGAACUUGCGGGUGGCACUGCUGGGCAGCGAUCAUCAGGGCACUGGUGAUCAGUGACCCUGAUGAUCGGUGCCGAUCCCCGCUCUGACAACUGCCGGUUCUCGGCAGUACUUUCCUCACGAUCUGACAGCGUGAGGAAAGUGCAGCCGAGAACCGGCACUUGCAU